AAUGUAUUCAGAAAGAAAAGUGAAAUUAACUCUUCAUUUACCUUAAUUAGAAUAAGGUGUCAGGUUUGAAUCAGAAGCUUAAACAACAACAUCAAGAUCAAGUAUAUAUUUUGUAUUUAUAAUAGGAAUUCCAUCAAUCAACAAAGCUCAAUAAACUGAAAAGAGAUUACAUAAACAUACAGUCACUGAAAUAAGUAGUCCUAAUUAACUACAUUUAUAUACUCCAAAAUAAGAGAGUUUAAGAGCCAAAAGACUUAAAAACAUACCUUAUUAAUUAUAAUGUUUUAUUCCUAAUCUGCCUAACAAAAACUUUAAAUCUAGCCAUCUAAUGAGCAACAAAUUAUUAGAAAUACCUAAAAGUACACUCUAUAACAAAGAUAAAUGGCAAUUAAAUAUGCAUAAAACUAGAAUGAAUAAUGCUUUUAGUCUUGGUUAAAGUAAAAGAAUGGAAAAUUAACAUAUAAAAACAGAAUAACAAGAAGAGCAUAAUCAAAUUAGAAGAUAGAAUACAAAUUAUAUUGAAAAAGAAAAAAUUAAAGUAUUACAAUAAUAUAUUGUUAGAGACUCAACAAAUAAAGAAUUGACACUCAAAAAUUAAUUGAUUAAUUUGCUUCUUAAUUUAAUUCAAGUGUAAAACUCGAUCAUCUAGAAUGA